AUCAAGGUAACGUAGCAACGCCCCAUCUAUCAAUUUGGGUUGAGGGGGGGGAACGACUGCUGCUUUUUUUCUAUCUUUACCCUGAAAACUGUUCGAGUCGAAGGAGCUGUGCUGGACAUUAGAAGGUUUUCAUAAGGAUAACUUGUGAUCACUCCUUGGAGCCACCCCGCCUGAUUAUAUAUAUUUUUACAUCCUCCCCCAUUUUUUCCGUCCGCCGUAUUCAGAAACUGCUGUACGGAGUCGUUGAGGUGUAUUAAGCCUCGUUGAGAUUUAUCUAAAAGGAUUAAAUAAAGAGAUCAUGGAUAAAACGGAGCUGAUUCAGAAAGCCAAGCUGGCCGAGCAGGCCGAGCGCUACGACGACAUGGCGGCCUCCAUGAAGGAGGUGACGGAGCAGGGAGCCGAGCUGUCCAACGAGGAGCGCAACCUGCUCUCGGUCGCCUACAAGAACGUGGUGGGGGCGCGGCGAUCGGCCUGGAGGGUCAUCUCCAGCAUCGAGCAGAAGACCGAGGGCGACGACAAGAAGCUCCAGAUGGUGAAGGAGUACCGGGAGAAGGUGGAGACCGAGCUGCGAGACAUCUGCAAUGACGUGCUGGAACUGCUGAACAAAUAUUUGAUCGCCAACUCCACGAAUGCCGAAAGCAAAGUCUUCUACUUGAAAAUGAAGGGAGACUAUUAUAGAUACCUGGCUGAAGUUGCCUCUGGAGCAGACAAGAAAAGCACUAUAGACAACUCUCAGGAGGCCUACCAGGCUGCCUUUGACAUCAGCAAGAGCGAGAUGCAGCCCACGCACCCUAUUCGUCUAGGCCUGGCCCUCAACUUCUCGGUCUUCUUCUACGAGAUCCUCAAUUCCCCCGAGCAGGCGUGUACCUUGGCAAAGCAGGCUUUCGAUGAGGCCAUCGCAGAGCUCGACACCUUGAAUGAAGACUCGUACAAAGACAGCACUCUCAUCAUGCAGCUGCUUAGAGACAACCUGACAUUAUGGACUUCUGACAACACGGCAGAUGAAGGUGAUGGCGGCGAAGGCGGUGACAACUAACCGUGCAUGUGAGGGUGUCUCCAGACCGAAAUUAAAGAAUAAACCUUUUUACACAUCUCCAUUCCUUAUUGCUCUGCAUUAAGUUGUUCUAGCAAUGAGAACCCAUCAUUACUGAAGAGCUAUAUAUGGAAAUUCAGAUCGUAUAGUCUUUUCACACUGCAGCUUUUGGGAGGGGGUAAAUCAAAUUUAAAUUAAAAAGUAAAAAAAAAAAAAAAAAAAACAAACACUCCAUUUGUUGGUUUGUGUUUUGUCAUGGCCUUCGUGUGUGCAGUCUGCCAUAGGAAAGUAUUAAUAGCUUCACUUUGUGUUUAACGUCAAACUUCCGGUUUAAACUGGACAACAAAUUAGCAGUGCUUGGGUGUCUUGAUAAUUAUUUAAGAAAUUCUAAGAAUUAUAACCAGAAAUCCACGUAGCAUAGCAAUCGGGGGUGCUGUUUUUAAAAUGGCUUGAUGUUUUUUUUUUGUUUUUUUACUGACCCCUUACAUCAUCAUGGUUUCCAUGUUUAUGAGGCUAUUUGAUAGUUACAGCUAUUUAAGAACCUUAGUGACCAACACCCCCCCCCCCAGGUGAGCAAUGUUUCCUUCAUUCCCUGAAAUCACACUCUUGUUCCAUUUGCCAGUGUGUUUCACUAGUGUGUCAGACUUAAGCUGGGGCUCUGUUAAAGACCAAAAAUAAUUUUUAAAUGACUACAGGAUAGCGUCGUCAUUCUCCCACAGCACCUGAACGGGAAUUGGUUCAGUACACACAAAGUUGAGUGUUUUGAUUUUAGUACUUUUCCAUGCGGGGUCGUGCACGUUAGAAGGUGCUUGGUUAGUUCGGUGAUUGUCAUUAGAGAUUUGGACCACUAUUGUGUUUUUGCUAAUCAUGAUUGUAGUCCCCAAAAGCCUUGUGAAAAUGUUUAAUGCCCUAUGUAACAGCUAUGUACCAUGAAUAAAAAACAACAUUUUGUAAACCAAAA